AUGAACGGGAUAUUUAAGUUUUUUAUUUUAGGAUUUAUUCCAACAUUAUCGUGUUAUCCGUUCGAUGAAAAUAAAAUUCAGACGGGACGGGAAAAUUUUAUUGGAAAAGGAACGAAUGAAAUCGCAACAGCUUUACUACAGGGUUAUGUUGGAAAAGAAGAAAAUAUGGUUUAUUCCCCUUUUGGUUAUUCAGCAAUUUUAGCUGUUUUUUCCGAGGGUGCAAAUGGUCCAUCAAGAGAUGAAAUAGCAAAUGCUCUUCAUUUUCCAAAAGAUGUUGAAAAAGUUAGAAAAGGUUAUCAAAGAAUUUUGGAAAGAUUUGUUGAGAAAAAAAGUUCUAAUUUUCCAGAAUUUAAAAAUUGGUUUUACAUUUAUAAAAAUUACACUAUGAAUGAAGAUUUGCAAAAUAUUUUGAGAAAAUAUUAUCUUACAGAAGUUAAAUUUGUCGAAAGACCCGAAGAAUUUAUGAAAGAAGCUGAUAAAACAUCGAUAACGGAUAAAAUCAUUGAAAAUAAAAAUUCGGAAAGUUCAACGUCGGAAAAUAAUAAUAUGGAAGAUAAUGGAGAAUUAGAAGCCAACGAAAAUCUUAUCAAAUCGAGUACGGGCGUCGAUGGAAACGAAAAAAAACCCGAGGGGGAAAAUAUGGAAUCGAUGAAAGACGAAAAGGAAAAAUUGGUAGAAAUGAUUGAACAAAAAGAAACGGAAAAGAAAGAAGAAAAGGAUAAAUUGAUGGAAAUGGAAAAGGAAAAGAAAAAAUUGGUUGGAAUGGAAGAGGAAAAGAAAAAAUUGGUUGAAAUGGAUGAAAGUAAAGAAAAAGAAAUGGAAAAGAAAGAAGAAAAGGACAAAUUGAUGGAAAUGAAAGAGGAAAAGAAAAAAUUAGUCGGAAUGAAUGAAAACAAAGAAAAAGAAACGGAAAAGAAAGAGGAAAAGGACGAGAUGAUGAUGGAAACUAAAGAGAAAAUGAACAAAUUAUCAGUCGAAAUGGAAAAAAGCGAAAAUGAAAAGGCAAAAACCAAAGUCGAAUCGGAAAAAAUGAAAGAUGAAAUUUUAGGAAGAUCCGAAGAAACAGAAUCAAAAGAAAAAACGGAAAAUAUAGUAAAAAAUAAAAAUGACGAAUCUAAAACGACGGAAAAAGAAAAUGUCGACGAAGAAAAAAAAUCAGAAACAAAUUUACAAGAAGAAGAAAAAAUGUCAGAAAGUAAUAAUAAAAACAUGGGAAAAACAGACGAAGAACAACAAAAAGAUGAAAAAAAACCUGCAACACCAACAACAACAACCACAAGCGAACCGGAAAUAGAAGAAAUGAAACCAAUAAAAACAAGUGCACAAAUGGGUGGCAUGCCUAUGGAACAUUUUUCUGGAAUGACAGACAGUUCAAUAAAAAUAAAAGGAAACGAAACCAAACCUCAAAUGAUUAUAUUCAACGGAUUAUAUUACAAAGGUGAAUGGGAAGUACCGUUUGAAAAAAAACCCGCCGACAAUUCCAGAGUUUUUUACAAAUCCGAAAAUGAAAAAAUAUUCGUAUCGACGAUUCAUUCCCAAGGACUUUUCUAUUCUGGAGAAAUAACAAAUUUAGAUUGUAAAGCAAUCGAACUUCCAUACAAAGGAGGACGUUAUUCCCUUUUGAUUUUGGUACCACAAUCACGUGACGGCCUUACAAAAUUAAUUUCCGAUUUAUCCGGAUAUCCUCUUGAAAGCAUCUACGAUCAAUUGCAAGAAAAAUUGGUUGACGUUUCACUUCCGUGUUUUGAAAUCAACACAAUAUCAAAACCGAUUUCAUCACUCAGAAAAUUGGGAGUUCAAAAUGUUACGAGCAUAUUCAAUCCGGAAACGGCAGAUUUAUCAAAAAUAUCACAUCCGAAUUCUGGACUCUACGUCGAAGAAUUAGUACAAAUGGUCACGUUUAAAGUUGAAGCGAAUUAUUCUAAAGCUAAUUUUCUCACUGCAUCGAUUGCAUCAUCGAGAAGUAACGUACAGGUUUUUCAAGUGAAUCAACCAUUUUUAUUUUAUCUCAGGGAUACGAUUGAAGAUUUAACGAUCGUCAAUGGAAAAGUUAUCGAUCCGACUCCGAAACCUUCUUUUUAUUUUUCGUAA